AUGGCAGCCGAAGCAGCUCCUUCUGGCAAAAAACUUACCAUUCCUUUGAGCAAGAACGAAAACUACAAGCCCAAUGCUAAGGCUGCUCUCGCCAAAGCAAAGGCCAAGUACCUCAAGCAUGUUAUUAACCCUCUUCACGGUGUUCCUUCCAAUGUCACUACAGAUGGUACUGGUACUGUUCCUGUCACUGACUACGGAAAUGAUGUUGAAUACUAUGGUGUUGUUGGUAUUGGUACUCCUGAACAAAAGUUCAAGUUGGAUUUCGAUACUGGUUCCAGUGAUCUUUGGGUUGCUUCUACCUUGUGUUCUUCUUGCACUGGUCAAAACCGUUACGAUUCCUCCAAAUCUAGCACCUACAAGGCUGAUGGUCGUGCUUGGUCUAUCUCUUACGGCGAUGGCUCUACUGCUGGUGGUGUUCUCGCAACAGACACUGUCAACUUGGGUGGUCUCAAGAUCGCUGGUCAAACAAUCGAAUUGGCCAAGAAGGAAUCCAGCUCUUUCUCUAGCGGUCCCAACGAUGGUCUCUUGGGUCUCGGUUUCGAUUCUAUCACUACUGUCAGCGGUAUCAAGACUCCUGUUGACAACUUGAUCAGCCAAGGUUUGAUCUCUUCUCCUGUCUUUGGUGUCUACCUCGGUAAGGCCUCCAAUGGUGGCGGUGGUGAGUAUGUCUUUGGUGGCUACGAUUCCUCUAAAUUCAGCGGUGCUUUGAAGACUGUCCCUGUCAGCAAGUCUCAAGGUUACUGGGGCAUUACUAUUGGUGGUCUCUCUGCUGGUGGUAAAACUGUCGCCAGCUCCUUCUCUGGUAUCCUUGAUACCGGUACCACUCUCUUGCUCUUGACUGACGCUAUUGCUGACAAGGUUGCUGCUGCCUAUGGUGCUACUGAAAACAGCGAUGGUACCUACCUCAUUGACUGUGACACCUCUAGCUUCUCUCCUCUUGUCUUCACUAUUAACGGUGCCACUUUCAAGAUCCCUGCUUCUGACUUGGUCUUUGAAGAUGAUGGUAGCUACUGUUUCGCCUCCUUUGCCAAGGGUGGUCUCAGCUUUGCUAUUUUAGGUGACACCUUCUUGAAGAACAACUAUGUUGUCUUUAACCAACAAGUUCCUCAAGUCCAAAUCGCUCAAAUUUAA